GUCAAUGGUAAAAACGGAGCUCAGGGUCCUCACUACAGAAGGCGGGGCCUGGAGGUCUUUUGUUAUUAAGGCUAGCCGACAUGAGUGAUGCCGAGCAUGAAGUCCGUCACUUAUUAGGGAGCUUUUAGGAGGGGUUCGAGUCACUACAGCUGCCCGAAAAGGUGGGUCCUCAUUUGCCGAGUUGCCUACAGCAAAACAAAGACCACGCGGUCAGUGCUGAUGGGUUAAGUGCCUUGUUACACAGGAAACAAACUCGGGUUGGUCCUGCUGCGAGACAUGUUAAACCGGUGAAUUUGAACUGCAUAUACGAGUUUUAAGCUAUCGUUACUUCUCGUUUUGCUUAACAAACUCAAAUGAUAUAGUCUGUUUGUGGUGGUCACUAGCUAACCUGCAGUCCAUCGUGCCGUCCUUAUUAAUUAUUAAUGCUGGUUUCUACUUUUAGCACGGACCUACUGUAACGGAAACUGCCUUAACAGCAUUUUUGACCUUUAAUGGGCCAUAUGAAAGUGGUGGAGAAAUAACUGAGCAAAACUGUCCAGGAAAUAUUGUAGAGUUGUAUCCCUUAAAAAAAAAAAAAAACAACUUGUGUAUUUCUGUAUUGGUAGGCUUAGUAGGGAGGCUGCCCACAAAAGAGGUUUGCACGCUGAACAGGACUUUAGGAUGAACUUGGGUCCGAGGAAGCGGAGCAGCGGCGGGGGCAGUAGUCACUCGGAGCCCCAAGACUCCCACUCGGGUGUGGGGAAAGAUGCAGAAGGAAGCUCUGGGGUGGCUCUGAAGAAACAGAUCGGCCUAGUCAGCGCCUGUGCCAUUAUAAUCGGCAACAUCAUUGGAUCAGGGAUUUUUGUGAGUCCAAAGGGGGUCCUGGAGAAUGCUAGCUCCGUGGGUGUGGCCAUCAUUGUGUGGGUUAUCACUGGAGUUAUCACAGCCAUUGGUGCUCUCUGCUAUGCAGAGUUAGGCGUGACCAUCCCCAAGUCAGGGGGAGACUACUCCUAUGUCAAGGACAUCUUUGGAGAGUUGGCAGGGUUUCUGCGUCUGUGGAUUGCAUUGUUGGUUAUCUACCCCACUAACCAGGCUGUGAUUGCUCUGACUUUUUCAAACUACGUCCUGCAGCCCCUCUUCCCCUCCUGCCUCCCCCCAGAGAGUGGCUUACGCUUGCUGGCUGGUGUCUGCCUGAUGUUGUUGACGUGGGUGAACUGCUACAGUGUGCGCUGGGCCACAUGCGUCCAAGAUGUCUUCACCGCCGGCAAGCUUUUGGCCUUGGGUCUCAUCAUAGUCAUGGGUGUCGUCCAAAUAUGCAAAGGUCACUAUUACUGGCUGGAGCCAGCACACGCCUUUGAGACCUUCCGCGACUACGGUGUCGGUCAGAUAGCUUUGUCCUUCCUACAAGGCUCCUUUGCUUAUGGAGGCUGGAACUUCCUCAACUACGUCACAGAGGAGUUGGUUGAUCCAUACAGGAAUCUACCACGUGCGAUCUUCAUCUCUAUCCCCGUGGUCACCUUCGUUUAUGUGUUUGCCAACGUGGCCUACAUCACAGCCAUGAGCCCGCAGGAGCUGCUGGCCUCCAACGCUGUGGCAGUGACAUUUGGAGAGAAAUUGCUAGGAGUUAUGUCAUGGAUCAUGCCCAUCUCUGUGGCGCUCUCCACCUUCGGGGGUGUCAAUGGCUCCCUCUUCACGUCGUCGCGGCUGUUUUUCGCCGGAGCGAGGGAAGGCCAUCUCCCACGUCUGCUGGCCAUGAUUCACGUCACACGCUGCACUCCUAUCCCAGCUUUACUGUUUACUUUAAUUUCCACUCUGCUGAUGUUGUGCACCAGUGACAUUUACACCCUCAUAAACUACGUGGGUUUCAUCAACUACCUCUUCUAUGGGGUCACUGUCGCCGGGCAGAUUGUGCUGCGCAUCAAAGAGCCCGACCUGCAUCGACCUAUCAAGGUGAGCCUGAUAUGGCCAGUAAUCUACCUGCUGUUCUGGGCCUUCCUGCUGGUCUUUUCCCUUUACUCUGAGCCUGUCAUCUGUGGUAUUGGUCUGGCCAUUAUGAUGUCUGGUGUCCCUGUCUAUUUUCUGGGAGUAUACUGGGAAAACAAGCCGCAGUGUUGUGAUAUUGCUAUUGGUAAAAUGACUCAUCUGUGCCAAAAGCUCUGUUCGGUGGUCUAUCCAGUCAUGAAGGAGAACGUGGAGCCCCAUGGGCCUCAAAACAAAGAUGGAGAUGAUGAUGAGCCCUCAAACGGCUGAUUGAUGAUGUGCAUAAAAAAAAAAACACAGACAAUGUCUCACACUUUUUUUGGGAGGAAAAGGCACUUGGAGAAAACUCUCAGAAAGAUAAGCAUACAUAUUCACUUGUUUUACAACACUUGACUUUCUAGCUCUAUUUUUGACUGCCUUAAGGCUGACCACCUGGGAACACAUGUUUGGGAUGAAAUAUGUCUUACUCUAUGAAUUUAUGAAACACUGAAAUUUUGACAUCACAUUAGAAUUUAAAAUGUUGUUCUUUUGUUUUUCUUUUGUGGUUUGCUGUUUGGGUCUGGGAGGUAGUGGAGAAUAAUUUUAAUAAGCAUGUUAUAUAUAUAUUGUUCAAGCUCUGUUUAUAAUUUCACCUCACUAUAUUAACACUAAAAUGACAAUUUUCAGAUGGUUUAAUGGUUUUUAUUCUUAUUGGACUCAUAACUUUAUGUACCCAAUUGUAUGAAUGAUUCAUUAAAAUGUUUCCCUUUUUAUUACA